AUGACUGCAAAGAUGGAAACGACCUUCUACGACGAUGCCCUCAACGCCUCGUUCCUCCAGUCCGAGAGCGGCGCCUACGGCUACAGUAACCCCAAGAUCCUGAAGCAGAGCAUGACCCUGAACCUGGCCGACCCCGUGGGCAGCCUGAAGCCGCACCUCCGGGCCAAGAACUCCGACCUCCUCACCUCGCCCGACGUGGGGCUGCUCAAGCUGGCGUCGCCCGAGCUGGAGCGCCUGAUAAUCCAGUCCAGCAACGGGCACAUCACCACCACGCCGACCCCCACCCAGUUCCUGUGUCCCAAGAACGUGACGGACGAGCAGGAGGGCUUCGCCGAGGGCUUCGUGCGCGCCCUGGCCGAACUGCACAGCCAGAACACGCUGCCCAGCGUCACGUCUGCGGCGCAGCCGGUCAGCGGGGCGGGCCUGGUGGCUCCAGCCGUGGCCUCGGUGGCGGGCGGCGGCGGCGGCGGCGGCGGCUUCGGCGCCAGCCUGCACAGCGAGCCGCCGGUCUACGCCAACCUCAGCAACUUCAACCCGGGCGCGCUGAGCGGCGGCGGCGGCGGCGGCGGCGGGGCGCCCUCCUACGGCGCGGCCGGCCUGGCCUUUCCCGCGCAGCCUCAGCAGCAGCCGCCGCCGCCGCCGCCGCCGCCGCCGCCGCACCACCUGCCCCAGCAGAUCCCCGUGCAGCACCCGCGGCUGCAGGCCCUGAAGGAGGAGCCGCAGACGGUCCCCGAGAUGCCCGGGGAAACGCCGCCCCUGUCCCCCAUCGACAUGGAGUCCCAGGAGCGGAUCAAGGCGGAGAGGAAGCGCAUGAGGAACCGCAUCGCUGCCUCCAAGUGCCGGAAAAGGAAGCUGGAGAGGAUCGCCCGGCUGGAGGAAAAAGUGAAAACCUUGAAAGCGCAGAACUCGGAGCUGGCGUCCACGGCCAACAUGCUCAGGGAACAGGUGGCCCAGCUUAAGCAGAAAGUCAUGAACCACGUUAACAGUGGGUGCCAACUCAUGCUAACGCAGCAGUUGCAAACGUUUUGAGGCGAGACUGUCGGGGACUGAGGGGCAACGGAGAACAAAUAACACAGAGAGGGACAGACUUGAGAACUUGACAAGUUGCGAGAGAGGGAGAAAGAGAGAAAAAAGAAGUGUCCGAGGACUAAAGCCAAGGGUUUCCAAGUUGGACUGGGUUGCGUCCUGACGGCGCCCCCAGUGUGCACGAGAGGGAAGGACUUGGCGCGCCCUCCCUUUGGCAGGGAGCCAGGGAGCGGCCGCCCGCGGGCUGCCCCGCUUUACGGUCGGGCUGUCCCCGCGCAAACAGAACGUUAGACUUUUCUUUAACAUUGACCAAGAACUGCAUGGACCUAACAUUCGAUCUCAUUCAGUAUUAAAGGGGGGAGGGAGGGGUCGCAAACUGCAAUAGAGACUGUAGAUUGCUUCUGUAGUGCUCCUUAAGAACACAAAGGGUGUGGGGGCGGGGGGAGGCGGGAGGGAGGUUUGCGAGAGCGAGGCCCAGUCUGCAGAUGAACUCUUUCUGGACUGCCUUCCAUAACUGUGUAUGUACAUGUAUAUAUUUUUUAAUUUGAUGAAAGCUGAUUACUGUCAAUAAACAGCUUCACGCCUUUGUAA